GACUAUAACCGCGUCUGUUGUUUAAUAUUCUUAAAUAGUUAAGGUUUUAUCUGUAAAUACAAGGUAAUGGUUUAAACCAAUAGUUGUUUAUAGCAUAGUUUGCUUAAAGAAAUAAUAAAAACGUGUGUGUUUCUCAAACUUGCCCAACAGUGAGAUAAACCCCUCAACACCCGACCCUGAUUGUUAGAGAAAACCCAGGAGUGUUGAAGUGAACGGUGUGAUGUCCUGUUAAACACUCACUGACUCUUAUAGGCCAUGGCAUCCCAGGAGCCAGCCCAUGACCUGGAGAAGGUGCUACCUGCAGCAGAGAUGGCGUGUAACGAGACGUCGCCAGACUCUAAGUGUCCAAUCUGUCUGGACCACUUCAAUAACGUGUCGUACGCAGACAGAUGUUUACACCGGUUCUGUUUCCUCUGCAUCCUGGAGUGGGGGAAGAACAAAGCUGAGUGCCCACUGUGUAAGCAGCCCUUCAGCUCAGUGUACCACUCUGUCAGGUCUGAGGACGACUUCAAGCUGUAUGAGCUGCGUCCGGUGGAGAAUGGCUCCUUCGGGAAUGUGCAGGGUCAGCGGUUCCGCUACAGGACCACGCUAACACAUGGCCUCCGCAGGGAGCGACAGGCAAGGCGGAGCUCCCGUAAUCAGGAUGUGAUGCGUUUCCGUCGUUGGUUGUACCGUCAUGGCGUUCGGGUGCAAGGAGUCCAGGACGGUGGGCGUUCCCGAGACACAUCUGCGGAAUUCUUCCGCAAAAAUCCAGCAUGUCUGCACCGACUGGUUCCAUGGCUGAAGCGGGAGCUUGCGGUUCUUUAUGGAUCACAUGACUCUGUUGCUGAUGUGGUCCUUCACGUUAUAUUGUCUCUGAUCACACGUCACAAUAUGCAAGACGAGGCUUUCCUGCGGGAACUUCGCCCCUUUUUGUUAUCACGAACCGAGCACUUCCUACACGAGUUUCUGAGUUUCGCAAAGUCGCCGUUCAACAUGGAAGCCUAUGAUCUCCGUGCUGUUUACAACUGCCAUGCCCCCUUUCAAUUGUCUGCUGUAUCAGAAGCUGGCUCAGGUCUUAGCUCUGCCCCUUCACCCUGGGAUGAUGAAACUCCCGGUCCAAGCUAUUCCAGCACCACACACAGUGUCUUCACCGUCACCAUUAGUGACUCGGAUGUGGACAGUGCAAGUGAAGAUGAAGAAGAGACUGUACGUGUUAAUGCUAACACUAACGCUAAUAUUAACGUCAGUCACGCUCAAGUAGAUGAGGACGAUCACAGCAGCGACGAAGAUUGUGUCAUUGUAGGCUUCAUCAAACCCACCGCCCAGCGCACUCCUGAGCUAGUUCAGUUGUCAUCUGAUUCUGAAGCAUCAGUGCAGGAAGACAAAAAAACUUCUAUAUCCAAGCAGUUAGAUGCGAUAGAUCUGACCAAUCAGAGACACCGAAAUACAGUUGUAGUACCUUCCCACUCUGCUACAGUACGAAGCUCAAAAAGUAAGCACAGAGAAAGAGACUAUUCCUCACACAGCCACAGGAGGCGCUCUCGCAGCUAUAAGGACAGAAGAGGACACAGAGAAGCCAGUCACAGUUCUCCAUCUCAAACUCACUCACACAGACACACAGAUAUAUACUACAGCCAAGACAGACCACACCAAUCACGUGCACGCUCACAAUCCAAAACUCCUUCACAGUCGCAUCUGUUCUCUAGGACUAGUGCUCGUACAUGUUCGCGAUCCAGAUCUCGCGCACGCUCAGAAUCUGGAUCUCGUGCACGCUCACGAUUCAGAUCUCGUGAAUGUUGGCGAACCAGAUCCCGUGAACGCUCGCAAUCCGGAUCUCGUGAAUGUUGGCGACCCAGAUCUCGGGAGCGCUCGCACUCCAGAUCACGCGAACAUUCACACUACAGAACACAUGCACACUCAUCAACUAGUACCCGUGUGCGCUCUUACAGUAGAAAUCAGAAAAUGCAGACUUCUCCCAAAUAUAGAAAACGCUCUAAGGACCUCACUGCAAGCCCCUCACCCUGGAGGUCAAGCUGUGACAAACAGCAUGGAAAGUCGAAGCAUAAAUCCCCAAAUGAGGAGAAACGCAAGAGGAGGAGCAGAGAGAGGCAUCAGCAUCAUCCUAAGAAGAAUAAGAAGACUAGGAGGAGGCGGAGCUCCAGCAUGGAAGACAUUGCUGAACGUAGGAAGCAUCACAAGAAGAAGAAAAAACACAAGAAAGAGAAGAGGGAUAGAAGAAAGAGCAUGGGACAGAGCUCCAGGCCAAGCUCACCCACCGUCAUUGCCAUUCUUUCUGACACGCAGUCUGCUGAGGGAGCCACGCACCCAAGAAGUGCUGCACCAACAAACACCACGCUCUUGAAUUUCUCGCAUGGGGCAGCUACCUGUGCAAACACAGCACAUCAGCAUGGUACAACUUUAAACUGUGUGAACGAUAAGACUCUCCUGAGCAAGUCACCAAGAGUUUGCACAUCGUCACACUUCACCGAAAACAUUCUGCCUUUUCAUAAUCCACCUCAGACGUGUCAAGCCUCCUCGCCUCACUCCUCAAAUGCCGACUCCCCGCAACAUGGCCUCUCCAACACCUACUUCUUGCAAAAUGCCUCUCCAAACGCCAAUUCCCCGUGUCACGCUUCCUCCAACUCCGACUCCCUAUGUCGCACCUCGUCUAACUCAGACUCCCUAAAUUACACUUCCUCCAACUUUGACUCCCCGCAUCACAAUUCCUUCAACUCCCCACUUCCUGCCCCCUCAAACACAGACUCCUUGCAUAACUCUUCCCAAAAUGCCAGCUCCCUGCAUUAUGCUUCCUCCACCUCAAACUCCCCACAUCACACUUUGUCCAACUCCACCUGCCUGCAGCACACUUCCUGCAACUCUGAAUCCCUGCGUCACACUUCUGCACCUCCACAGUGUAGCAAAGCUGCCGAACAUUUUUAAAAACUGUAGUUUCUGCACUGUUGUCACAGAUUUAAAAUCAUUAUAUGAUGACAGGAUAAGCCAGUGUGAAGUGUUUAAAGUCAUUUUUUUACAUAAUUAUGUCAUCCUAAUUUCAUGCUUUUUCUCAUAGAGAACAAACAGACUCUUGUCAUCUUUAUGACUUUUAAAUCACCUCAUUACCACAGUGCUGCUGAAGUCUAUUUUUAAAAGUCACAUAAAGCAUGUAUUUUUCAUACUACCUGUAAAUAUUAAAGAUCAUUUAAAUUUAAAUAAGAGUUUUUUUUAGAGUACUUUUGUUCUUGCUGUUAUUGCACAGGGGGCCACAUGAGGGCAGCACAGCAGUUCAACCCAUUCUUACAUUUAACACAUGGCA